AAUGUAAGGUUUCUGGUUUAUUUCGACGAUUUGAAAAUUCACAAAUUUUAAAAAACUAAAAGUUAAUUUAGAUUAAAACUAAUUAAUGAAUAAGAAAAAUAUUAUAUAACGUUAUAUUGUCUGGCAUAUAUUUUUCUUAAAAUGAUGAAAGAUUUAUUUUAAUACAUAUUACUCAGGUAAAGCUCUCAAGCAAAGUGCAAGAGUCAAGAUGAACCAACUGAGUUCACUGUCUAGGACUAUUAAAGAAUACAGUCGAAGGAAAUCUAUUAAGUAUGGUGUACCCUUUAUUUUAUUCAUAGUAGGAGGCUCUUUUGGACUUAGAGAAUGGACUCAACUUAGGUACCAAUUUUCACAAGUAAAAGGAGUAAGUAAAGAAGAAGCUGAAAAAAUGGGACUUCAUAAGGCAAGGGAGGUUACCUUGGAAGACGCUUAUGAAGAAAUACAAAACCUAGACAUUGAUAAUUGGGAAAAUAAAAGAGGACCAAGACCUUGGGAAACUAAUGGAGAACAAAAAUAAUAAUGUCCUAUUUAUUAAUUAAAUAUUAAGAUUGAAAAGAUAUAAAUGAUUAGAUAAUCUAGAUUAAAGAGUUGUGAUAUUUUUAAA